AUGGUUGCAAAAAGCAAAACUACCAAAGUUGCUCUUAAAAAAAAGCAUGUUAAGACUACAGGAAAAUUAGUAAAAUCAAAAGCGGUCAAAAUCAAAGGAAAAAACAUGAAAAAUAAAGCAGUUGUUUCCAAAUCAAAGAAGUUGAAUCCAAAAAAAUUAAUUAACAAAAAGGCCAAAUCCAUAAAAUCCAUAAAAGCCAUCAAAUCUAAAAUUGUAAAAAAAACAACAAAAAAAAACGUCAAAAAAAUGAUUAAAAAACAAAAAUAA